AUGUGGGUUAUCUAUCCUUUUGACCCAGAGCGCAGAGUCUGGAGUCAUCCGCACUUGGAACCCGAUGCACAGCAACGCGCAUUACCUCAGCACGAUCCACUUAUGCCGUGGGAACAGCAGUAUCCAGCUCAGCACAGCAGGAAUGGCUCCUUCACAUCGCCCGACCUAGGUCGAGACCGCUGGAACGACCCAUACAAGCCGUAUAGCCCGCGCACGGAGCAUGGAAACCAAACCCGCGAGUCCUUCUCGACCAAACCACACUCGCGGAAGCCUUGCUAUCUCAAUCAAUACGGUCACCAUCCGUCUCAUGCGCAGCAUGUAUCUUUCGAGCAAGCAUCGACUGCGCUUUACGAAGCGCUCGAAGCAGCAAGCAGGGGGUGCCAGAAACUCGAAACAUCGUUCCAACAAUGCACGCGCGGUCUGACAUCGUGGCUACGGUCGAGGGACAUAGACUCAUUGUGGACCAUCUACAUGGACUGGGACGGCAAGCCAGUCGAGCGAAUCUUGGAGGCGGAAGACUUGCCUUCAGAGACAGAUCCGGAAGUGCACACAUACGUCGACAUCCAGCGCCGUCUUCUUCGAGCCUUGUCAGCGGCAUUCACCUGUGCAGAGACUCCGGCAAAGCUGGGUCCUCGUAUGGACACCACGGGUGCCUACGCCACACCAAGCUGGCAGAUUCUGAGAACUACAACUCGAAAGCUACGUAUAUCUCUCGAGGCGAUUGAGGAACUGUUGGGAAUGUUGCUUGAAAGUAUACGGCCUUUGUGGGAUAUGCCUUCAAAAGCAGGCUCCGCCUUCACCACUCCACCGAAAGAAGAACCAUUCGAACCACGACAAAGUCGCGAAAAAUGA